ACCGCGAGGAGGAGAAAGAGAGGGGGCGAGCGAGCGAGCGAGCGCGGCCACGCGGGGUGAGCUGUGUGCCGGCCUUCGAGCUGAGCCGGGGACCGAGCCCUGCCUUUAGCGUCCUUGGCGCUCUUUCCCCUGCCUUCCCUUGCGACCUCCUGUCUUCUUCUCCCGAAUCCUCCCGUGCGGGGGACGGGGAGUGGCAAUUCGACGCCGGGUUUGCGGGCUGGCGUCCCACGCCCCCAGCCUCUCCUCGCACGGUUAUGCUGACAGCCGCCUCUUCUGGGGACCACCCCUCUUCUGGUGCCACCUCCACCCUUCCUGUGCGCUCUGCAUCCUCCCUCUUCCCACUUAAAUAAUAUUUGGGAAUUGUUUUACAUUUUUUAAAAGUGCGGGUGGGGGAAGAAUCCGAGUUCUGAGGAGCCGAGGGAAUCAGUGCGGUGUAAAGGAAUUCAUUAGCCAUGGAUGUAUUCAUGAAAGGACUUUCAAAGGCCAAGGAGGGAGUCGUGGCCGCUGCUGAAAAAACCAAGCAGGGUGUAGCAGAAGCAGCGGAAAAGACAAAAGAGGGUGUUCUCUACGUAGGAUCCAAAACUAAGGAAGGAGUGGUUCAUGGUGUGACAACAGUGGCUGAGAAGACCAAAGAGCAAGUGACAAAUGUUGGAGAGGCAGUGGUGACAGGGGUGACUGCAGUAGCACAGAAGACAGUGGAAGGAGCAGGGAGCAUUGCAGCUGCCACUGGCUUUGGCAAAAAGGAUCAGUUGGGCAAGAGUGAGGGAGCCUCCCAGGAAGGAAUUCUGGAAGAUACACCUGUAGAUCCUGACAAUGAGGCUUAUGAAAUGCCUUCUGAGGAAGGGUAUCAGGACUACGAACCUGAAGCCUAAGAAGUGUCUUUGCUCCCAGUUUCCUGAGAUCUGCUGACAGAUGUUUCGCCCUGUACGAGUGCUCAGUUCCAACGUGCCCAGUCAUGACAUUUUCUCAAAGCUUUCAGUGUGUUUUGAAGUCUUCCAUCAGCAGUGAUUGGAGUAUCUGUACCUGCCCCAACUCAGCAUUUCGGUGCUUCCCUCUCACCUAAUAUAUGAUCGCAGGGUCUCUGUGUGCUGUGGAUAUUGUGGCUUCAAAUCUAAAAUGUUAAAUUAAAUUAAAAACACCUAAGUGACUACCACUUAUUUCUAAAUCUUCACUAAUUUUUUGUUGCUGAUGAUGUUGAAAAAUUGUGAGUGAUUUACUAGCAUAUACUAUAAGAUUUUAAGGUGUCUUUUAAUGAUUCUAAAUAUAUUGAUGUAUUGUGAAAUUUAAUACAGUACUUAAAUACGUGAGCAUGAAACUAUGCACCUAUAAAUAUUAACUAUAAAAUGUUAGUUUUGUGAUGUGUUUUCUUAUCUUGUGUUUGUAUAU